AUUUAACGCUCUAUGCCAAAAUAAGGCUCUUUUUUUCAUUGGUCAAUCCAUUUGUUAGUUUAGUCAGCUGACGAAAUUAACUUCCGGUUUGAAGCAUAACCAGAAGCUGUUUAUUUUUGUUUACAAAAUUUAAUUGCUAUUGUUAUUGUUGGCCUGGUCAGAAUUUUUCCACUACUCUCAUAAUGACAAGGCAUGCUAAAAAUUGUACAGCUGGUACUGUAUAUACUUACCAUGAACGUAAGAAAGAUACUGCAACAUCAGGCUAUGGUAGCAAAAGUAUUCGUGUCGGGAAAGAUUCAGUCAAGGAUUUUGAUUGCUGUUCCUUGACUCUUCAACCUUGCCGGAAUCCUGUCAUAACACCUGAUGGCCAUCUUUAUGAUAAAGAAGCUAUUCUGGAAUAUAUUAUUCACAAGAAGAAAGAAAUUGCUUUAAAACUGAAGAAAUAUGAAAAGCAAAAGUCUAAAAAUGAAGCGGAACAAUUAGAAAUUGGUCAAGCAGAAGCUGAGAGCCAGAAGAAGGCAUUCAUGGAAAAUGAAGCAAAUCCUGUGAAGAUGAUAAAUAACUCAACUGAAGAAGCAAGCACUAGUGGUAGCACAAGUAUUAGUAACAUGAAACAAGGAAAGGACAAAGCUUUGCCUAGUUUUUGGUUGCCGUGUCUGACUCCAAGUGCUAGUGCAUCUGUCAUGACAAAGCCUGAUGAAAAGGUUCGUUGCCCAAUGAGUGGAAAACCUAUAAAGCUAAAAGAUCUCAUUGAUAUUACUUUCACACCAAUAAAUGAUAGGGAUACAAAGACUUCCCUUAUAACAAAACAGGUAAAUUUUUCUUUCACAUUUCUAAUUUAUAUACUUUCUGCUAACAUUAAUAAUAUAGGUUUUUAUCACAAACUGGUUAGACAGGACAAAUUUUUAAAUGACUAAUUUAGUACUUUUAACAUCUGGACAUAGGACUUAAUUAUAGUUGCUCAGGAAUAAUGUCUUCCUGCAAGAAACUACCAAGGAAACAUUCUUAAAAAUAGAGCUGAUCCUACCAGUUGUGUUUGUGGUGCGACCAUAAAAACAAUUGACCACCUCAUCUCUGAAUAUAUUAAUUACCAUGAAGGGCUUAGUCUGUAUUUGCACUGGAUUAUAUGCUGUAAGUCUGAACUUCCAUAUGAGAAGAACUGGUAAAGUAGUAGAAGAUAAAGGUAUCACCAUUCUUUUGUACUUUAGAAUUCAAACUGAUCAAGCUAAUCUGGCCAAUAAUUCAAGAUACUAAGAUAAAAAAAUCUAAAAAAAAAAAAAUCACAUUGAUAAAACAUGCUUGCUCAUAGAUAUAUCAAUUCCAGCAGACUGCAACACUUCUGUAAAAAAUAUUUGAAAUUUUAAUUAAAUACAAGGACCUUGAAAUAAAGGUUUCAAAAAUGUGACAUCUAAGAACAACAACAGUCCCUGUGAUCAUCAGAUCUUUGGGGAUUAUACCUAAUAGCACUCUUAAACUCUACCGCCAAAUACCAGGAAAUCUAAAAGUAUCAGAACUACAAAAAAUUGUUCUCAUGAGUACUGCCUACAUCCUAA